UAUAGAAAUAACUUGUUACUAAAGCCAUUUGCAAAUAAUUUCUAUAACAAUUAACACUACAUACAAAUGCGUAGAUGCAUUAUGCAUAGCUAGAAAUUGUUCUUAUAACUCAUGAGUGACGGCAUGAAAUAAGAAAACUAAAAUUAAAUUCCGCGCGAGCCAGCGUACAUUCCCCUUGUGCAACACGGCGUUUCGCGUAAUAAUUUAACAGACGAGUAGCCAACUGUGUAGACAAUCGUUCAAUUUUACAUAACAUCUUUUAUUUAAUAAAAUCAAGUGAUAAAGUUAUUAAACAUGUUUACUAACACAAGUGCUAAAAUUGUAUUCCCAAUAGUAUUAUCAGUUGGAGCAGUGGUAGUGGUUGCAACAGUAAUUGCCCACUGCGUUUGGGGCAAGAAAUCUGCACCAACAAAGAAGAAAAGUGCUAAAAAGUUGGUAGCUCUGGUUGAUCCUGACACAAAGUAUCCAUUGCCAUUGAUUGAAAGAGAAGAGAUCAAUCAUGAUACAAGAAGAUUCAGAUUUGGUUUGCCUUCAAAAGAACAUGUUUUAGGGUUACCAAUUGGUCAGCACAUACACUUAUCUGUCAAGGUAGAUGGUGACCUUGUCAUCAGGGCGUACACUCCAGUAUCCAGUGAUGAUGACAAGGGAUAUGUGGAUCUGGUUGUCAAGGUAUACUUCAAAAAUGUCCAUCCAAAAUUCCCAAAUGGUGGUAAAAUGUCUCAAUAUUUGGAAAGUAUGAAGAUUGGUGAUACAAUUGAUUUCCGAGGACCAUCAGGACGUUUGCAAUAUGCUGGAAAUGGACUCUUCCUGAUUAGAAAAUUGAAAAAAGAUCCACCCAAUAGAGUGCCAGCAAAGAAAUUGAACAUGAUCGCUGGUGGUACUGGAGUUACUCCAAUGCUGCAACUUGUUAGACACAUCUGCACAGACCCAUCGGAUUCCACCGAGAUGAGAUUGUUGUUUGCCAACCAGACCGAAGAUGACAUUCUACUGAGAGAUGAACUCGAGAAAUACCAGAGAGAAUACCCUAAUCAAUUCAAAGUUUGGUACACUUUGGACAGACCGAAAGAAGGCUGGAAAUACAGCACCGGCUUCAUCAACGAGGAGAUGAUCAAGGAGCAUAUGUUCCCUGCCUCUGAUGAUGUGAUCGUCCUCAUGUGUGGCCCGCCUCCUAUGAUCAACUUUGCUUGUAACCCCGCUUUAGACAAGCUAGGCUUUAAAGAAACACAGCGAUUUGCUUACUAAAUACUAUUUGAUAGUAUGAAUUUGUGAAUAAAUUUGUGUUUUAGCGGAACACAAAAUAUAGUUU